CUCCAGUGAUAUUUUGGCUUUUCCUUUGAGUUUCCCCAAAAGAAAUUGGUCGUAAUUCUAUGGAGGAUUGUGAUGACCUUAUGAAGAAAUUUAGAAAUGGCGAGGUGGUGUAACGGUAUGGAAGAUAACACAUGUUUGAUUAGUAUAAGUCUUCCGCUUUGAUUGAUGUUUUUUCUUUUCCAUGCGUGAAGUCUUGAUUCAACUCUCCCAACACCUAAAAAUGUGGUGGCAGUACGAAGAAAACAACUCAUUGUUGUGUCCGGGCAGUUUGGGGUGGGUAAAAACUAUAAAUACUCCUAAUCUUAAACAUUUUUCCAUAUCUCUUCUCCAAUUAUUCCUAAAUCCUACUCUCUACUCUCUAAUUAUCUUCAUCUUCUCAAAUUCUCUUAUUCUCCAAUAUAUUAUAUAUCUACUUAUAUUAUUUAUCUACUUAUAAAUAUAUAUAUAUUAUACUACCUCCGUCCCAUAAAAUUCUUCCCACUUUGACUUGACACGGAGAUUAAGAAAGUGGAAUAAAGUGGAAAUGUGUGGUUGUGGUUGUGUAAGAAAAAAAGGAAAUGAAUGUGAACCACACAAAUUGUCCAAAAAUGGUAAGUGUGAAGAAUUUUUUGGGACAACCCAAAAAGGAAAGUGGGAAGAAUUUUAUGGGACGGAGGAAGUAUUACUUAUAUUUCUUAUCUACUUAUAUAGUUAUAUAUUAAUUAUCUAUUCGGUUAAUAUAUAGUUAUAUAUUAAUUAUCUCCAAGAUGAAAGGUGGUAGAUAUUCGGUUGAUAUGGGUAAUCUCGACCGCAACCGAAAGAACGAGCUUGCGAGGAAGAGAUCCCGCAAAGGUAAAUCACAUAUCGGCUCUUCAUCUCAAAGCCGAGAUGAUUUUGAUACAAGUUACGCAAGGAGGGAUGAGGAUGCGAUGACCGACGAACAACUAAAACAAGAAUUGCACCGACAUAAUAGUCGGUUUUUCCAAGAUCAGCCGAGGACCAUUGACGAAGAAGAGUUCGAGGACGAUGAUGUGGAGGAAGUAAUUCCGGAGAGCCACGACGCCGACGAGGAGGAGGGUGGCGGCAGCCACGACGCCGACGAGCCUGCCUCAUCCCAAACCGGUACGAAAAAAAGUAAAUCUGAACUAAUGCUUAAUUAUUUUGAUAAGUGGAAGGACCCGAACACCGGGAAUUGGAACACAACUUGCAAGUGGUGGAAGAAAAAUUAUAGCGUGGGGAUUUCCGGCGGAUACGGAUCCGCCGCAAGGCAUCUUAAGGCCAAACACACGGUGGAGUAUGCAAAAUUAGGCGGCGGAACGGGGAAGCAAAUUCAAAUAUCGAGGUUUGCUAAUAACCAACAACCUUUUGGUAAUUUCUCAUACAAGGAUGCACAAAAUUUGAUUGGUAUGGCUAACUUAUUGAAGAAAAUUUGCUUUAUUUGUUUUCUGAAAGUCUUGCUUUCAAAGAUUAUGCACAAACUUGUUUAAAUCCUCAAUAUAGAGGUUAUAGUCGCAAAACGGUUAAGAAAGAAAUUUUAAAGCUUUAUGGUGCGAAAAAGGUAAGGUUACAAAAUUUUUUUUGAAAACUUUGAUGGACGUGUUACUGUAUGUUCUGACAUAUGGGAGGAUACUUAUCAUAAUUUACAUUAUUUGGGUCUGACUGCACAUUAUAUUGAUAAUGAUUGGAAUAUGCAUAAACGUGUUCUUGCUUUUCGUGAAUUUAAUGAUCGUCACACCGCUGAACAUAUUUAUAUUUUGAUUGAGCGUAUUUUAAUUGAGUAUAAUUUGAAUGAUAAGGUGUUUGCUAUUGGUUUUGAUAGUGCUACUAAUAAUACUGCUGCUAUUUCUAGAUUGCGUGAAUUGUGUGAUGCUACUUCUUUGAUGGGUAGAUUUUUUCAUCAACAAUGUGCAUGUCAUGUUCUAAAUUUAUGUGUGCAAGAUGGUCUAAAAGCGUUAGGAGAUUCUAUGGAGGUAGUCAGGGGGAUUAGACGUAUUUGGGGUAGUGUUCAACUUAGAAAAAAAUGGCAUGAUUAUUUGAUAGAAAGAGGUGUGAAAUAUGUGUCUUUUCCUAAACAAGUGCUAUCAAUGCCGGUUUCAAUAGAAUCUCUUGAGACGCUUAUAUCACUACAUAUGUCGGAGAUUUCGAUUGAUUAGUAUUUCAUGUUUUAAUUUUUCCUUCAAUUCUCAAUUGUAACUUGUAAACUUGCAGUUCAUAUUUCUAAAUUCUAAUAAAUAUACGUUCAUUUUUUAUAUGUAGCACUUCUCAAAUUAAUUAAUUUUACAUUAUUUAAUUUAUUCAAAAAUUUCAAACUAAAAUAAACAAAAAAAAUUGAAUUCAAAGGCUUAGCCUCAAAGACCCAAACGGCUAUAUAGCCAUUGGUAGGGGUGGGGGUACAAAAAUUUCUAUAAAUACUCUUAUUUUCUAACAUUUUUAUACACAUCUUCUCCAAUAUCCAAUCUUCAAUCUCCAUUCUCUAUCUUCAUCUCCAUUUAUUCUAGACUUUCUAGUAUUUAUAGAAUUAUUAUAUCUACCAUUUUUAAGAUGCAAAGUCAAUAUACCGUUAUCGCGUAUAAUUUUUAUACGCAAAAGGACCUGAGGACCGGGAUGUGGUACGCAACUUGCAAAUAGUGCGGGAAAAAGUGUAGUUUGGGGGAUUCACGCGGAUACGGGAUGACCAAGAAGCAUAUUAAGUAAUGUGACUAGGGUUGGACUCGGGUCCGGGCCGGGUCCGGGUCGGGCCUAGGCCCGGGCGGACCGGCGGGUCAGAAAUGGUG